AUGCAGGUAAACGACAAGCAACUCCUCGCUGCAAACUUUACCGAUUUAACCAGCAACUGGAUCACACCGCAACGGAGAGCUGUUUCGACAAGUGCAGUGGCACAGGACAAUGGCUUAGACUGCAGAAGACGUGAGAAAGCCGAGGCCAUGCGGAGAGGCUAUGAGCAGAGAAUGGAGCAGAUGCGACUCACCAGCAAGCGACAGGUGGAGCUCAUGCACAACAAGGCAAAUGCAAGGCUACGAUCUCUACAAGAGAAACUAACAAAAGGCAACGAGGAGACGCUAAGAGAUUGCGACGCCACGCUUGCCAUCGCCAACACCGAAAAACAGCUCAACAAGGAGAGACUGUUUAUAGACUGGGAAAUGAACGUCUUUCUGCCCAUUCAGCAGCGAAUAAUGAACGAAGUUGCCGACCGAAAUCCAGAGUUUACUGCUGAUCUUCGCCGUGCAGCCUUCCAGGAAUACCUUAACGCAGGAAAUAGCAUGCAUAUAAGCCUGGACAUGCCCACAAACAAGUACGACCCAUAUAAAUUAUCCAAAUACAUGCGCAGCAAGACAGCCAUCAAGCUUGAUGAUCCCCUUCGGCGGCCCGCAGAGAUACACGCGAGGGAGAACAAGAUUUAUAAAGAUGUCGGUGGUACCAUCCCCUGUGACGUAGAGCACGUGCCACGCAACAUACCCGUCUCCAAGUUUGAUCGCAUGACUGAGCUUUAUUACAGAGAUGCACACAAGCCGGCUAAGCGGGUACUUGCAAAGCGUGGACUAAAUCCUCCGAUGGCCCUGGACGAACAAACUUAG